AAAUGGUUCGUGACCAAGCCAACGCAGUGGGCGCGCCAUGGAGCUCUCUUCGCGAUGGAGGACAUGCCUACUUAGGAAGGUCCAUGGCCCUGUGACAGUUGAACAUACGCGAAACGGUCGUAUCUUGAACGGACACUGCCACCAUCGGCCACCAUCUCGAUGCGUACGCGGAGUAAACAACAAGCGGCACUGCUCGCAGUUGAAGAGCACACGCAACAUGCACUCGCCUCGAUACAUCUUGCCGCUGUCGAACCUGCCAUCAUGGACCCAUCCAAGUGGGCAUGCUGCGAAUGUGACACGACCACGUGUCUCUGGCUGUGCUUGUUCUGCGGCAACUUUGUUUGCCAUGACACUUUUACUGCAACCAACGACGGCGACAGCAACACGCACAUGAGACAUCACGCCAUCUCCGCCGAGGUCUCUAAUAGUCGACUGGAAACCGUCUUCAAAUGGGAUGUGGACUUCCUUUAGCAUGUCCUGUACAUGGAGCUGAACGAGGCGGGCCAUAAGGUAUACUGGUAAAAACACAUCCUCGUGCGAUAGCAGACGAGACGUUCUGAUGGCUCUGCUGCAGUUUUGAUGCAGCGGCGGCGUUGCCCUCGAAUAUGGACAACGCUCGGGGCGAAAUUUACUUGAUACGUCGACUUCUCAGCCAAGACCUGGAGGUGGCACGAGUGACGCGGCAGACACCGUCCGGCGCACGAUCUCCGGCGGCCAAGUGGCGAAAGGUCAACAAUGUCCACGGGUUCACGUUCCAUGCAGCGUACCUGUCCAAGCAAGCGGCAGCCCGUCGGAAACGCGACGAUCUUCUCUACACGGCGUCAUACAGAUGGAGAAACCUGAUACUGUUCAAGUGUUUUGCAUCGUGGAAGGACAUUUGGACCACCAAGUUCCGAACCAUGGCGAAGCCAUCUCGACGCUUGAAUGCGCUCUAUCCUGGCAACACUGGUCUGCGCAAUCUCGGCAACACGUGCUACAUGAACGCUGCCUUGCAAUCGCUCAGCCACGUCACUUUGCUCAAGAACGCGGUGAUGUCGGCAUCGACGGUUGGGCCGCCAGGAGCCCUCCUAUGGGAGCUCAAGCACGUAAUGCAGCGGCUGUGGAGUGGCAAGUACGCUGCUCUUUCCCCCGACGCGAUACUAGCGGUGGUGUGGCAAACUUUUCCCACGCUGGCUGGUUUCAAGCAGCAAGACUGCGACGAGCUUCUCCGACAUCUCCUCGACUCGAUGCGAUCGGGCGCUGCAUCGGUUGUCGACCCGCCCCUCGCGCGAUGUUUCGUCGACGCUCUUUUUGAAGGGGUUGUCGUUCGCACGAUAACAUGCAAUCGAUGCAUGCAUGAGUCGUCGACGAACGAGAUGUUCCUUGGUGUGCUCUCCGUGGACAUCCCUACUCCUCAUCGCGUCCAUGCUGGUCGCCGGCGGCGCGUAGCCACUGCACACUGCUCCAUGAUCGAUUGCUUGGCCACGACCUUUGCUGCCGAGUCCCUUCAACGCGACGCGCAGUACUUUUGUUCGAAUUGCGAUGCCAAGCAAGACGCUGUCAAGCUCACGCAACUCGGGGCAGCUCCACCCGUGAUCAUCUUUCAUGUGAAUCGCACGGGCUGGACAGCCGAUGGCGAGCCCGACAAAAUUCCCACGCACGUGGCGUUUCCGGAGCGAGGGUUGGACCUGUCGAUGAUCAUGGCCGCUCCUCCUCGAACGUCAACGGUGUACGACCUGGACGCCGCCAUCGUCCACGAAGGGCGAACACUCACGCAAGGGCACUACACUGCAUAUGCAAACAACGCGCUGGGCGGUGCAGGAUGGUUUCACUUUAACGACCACCGCGUGCACAAAUGCACGUGGAAAGACGUGGCGUCUGCUCAAGGUACGAGCGAUCUCUUCCACCGAAAGGCUUCAUCCGAUCAUGGUCACGUAUCGUGGGAUGCAUUCGUUUCGAAUAACAUUUCUCCGGGCGUCUGUGACUAGCGUACUUGCUUGUGUACUCGCAGCGACAGACAAACUCGCAGCCCAGACCCCAUGGAUCGCAAUGUUGUGAGGCAUCGGUUCGAGCGACGCAUGGAGCGAUGGACAGUGGUUGAUUUUCCGUUCCUCUUUGCAUCGGCCCCUGUGUAACCCUUCCACGAUAACGAGAUGGCGUAUCGUUCAGUCGUCAGCGUAGCUUGCCGCGUCGUUGUGGCGACAUUGGAUCAAUUCGGACUCGAUGUAUUCGACGUGGGGCAGAUCCUGCGCCCGCCACAGACGAUCCCCCGACGUCCACGGCUCGCGGCCCGCAACUUUGUCGCCAAUGCGAUGGCGGUGCAUGUACUCGUCCACAUUCUUCCCCACCAUGGGCGCGACAUCCACGUUGCCUUGGAUCAGCGCCUGGCGCACCCGAAAGCUCGUCGCGCGCUCGAGUUCGCACGCGAGCACACCUGUAUCCUCGACUACAAUCGCGGUCUUACUCCACCUAAUCCGUCAUGGUGAGAGAGACUGGCGCAUGUCGACGUCGUACUUGGCCCCGAGGUGCUUGUGCAGCAUGUCCGUUUGGUUGGGUCGGCAAAUAGCCAUCACACCAAACCCUUCCUCUUUCAGCGCAGUGUGGCUCAGCUUGACGAUCGUAUUGACUCCGCACACGUAAAGAACGCGGAAUUUGAAGUGCGGGAACUGGUGCUCGCAGAUCUACCGCCGACAGUCAGUCCGCCCGUGGUGGCGAAAGGGCCAAGGAUGCCACCUCCCGGACAUGGGUGAGGGUGCUCAGGUAGUCGAGCACGCGACGUCGUGUGAUCUAGGUGCAUUCAACUGAGCGCAUGACGCCGGAUCGGACGGGACGGAAC